AUGGAUAUUCAAAGCAAGGCUUGCUGUACCCGGCCGCCGGUAACUCUCACCGGAGGCUACGAUAGCUAUGAGCUUAAGGGAAGAUACACGGAGUACAACGGUCUGAAAACUUACGAGACUGGUGACAGUGGUGCAAAGAGGGGAAUAUUCGUCAUCUAUGACGUUUUUGGCCUCUAUAUUCAGUCAUUGAAGGGUGCUGAUAUAUUGGCACAUAACUACGAUGAAUUGCCUGAUAGCGCGGGCAAAUUUCAAGUCUUCAUGCCCGACUUUUUUGGCAGCCACCCACAAGAUUUGCAGAAUUUCCCACCCAAAACACCGAAGCAAUUCAAAGCCAUUUCCGACUUCAUGAACGGAUAUGGAUAUCCUCCUAAGACAGUUCCGUUAAUUGCUCCCAUUUUGGCCGAUAUCCAAGCAAAGCAUCCGGAGAUCAAGUCAUGGGCUAUUGUUGGAUUUUGUUGGGGAGGAAAGAUAGCCUCUCUGGUAUGCCAGAAAGGCACUGCAUUUAAGGCUGCUGCACAGUGUCACCCUUCGUUACUUGACACAGAAGAUGCGAAGAAAGUGGCUGUACCUAUGUGCGUAUUGCCUAGCCAAGACGAGGUCCCCAAGGUAACCUAUUUGGAAUAUUUCACUGACCAAGUUCAUGGAUGGAUGACUUCUCGCGCCGAUUUCAACAAUGUCCACAACUACGAGGAGUAUCUUCGUGGGUAUCGCAUUGUUCGCACGUUCUUUGCCCAAUAUUUAUAA